AUGUCACAAUCCGUGCUUGAGCAACUCCUGGAGAUGGGAUUUGACAAAUCACGUGCUGAACUGGCAGUGAAGAAAUCCGACGGGUUGCCGGAUGCCAUGGACUGGCUGGAGAAGACUCAAGAUACCCCAUUGGAUGAGCUUCUUGAGGAACAAGAGUCUGGCGCCAACAUUGCAAAGAUAGAUGAAGGUGUAGUCGCAAUGUCACUUGUCUGCAAUGAAUGUGGCAAGAAGUUCCGUAGUCAAGGAGAGGCUGAAUUCCAUGCCAACAAAUCGGGUCAUACCGAUUUUGCUGAGUCUACUGAGCAGAUUGCUCCCCUUAGCGAAGAGGAGAGGAAAAAGAGACUUGAAGAACUCCGAGAGCGUGUUAAGGCUAAGAAAGCCGGCAAAGCUGCCGAAGAAAAGGAAGAACAGAAGCGCAAUGAUAAAAUCCGCCAAAAGGCUACCAGAGAAUCACAUGAGCUUAAGGAGGAGCUCCAGCGCAAGGAGCAGAUCAAGGAAGCGGCCAAAAAGCGACAGGAGAAGCUCGAUGACCUUGAGGCCAAGAAACGCAUCAAGGCUAAGAUCGAAGCUGACAAGGAAGAACGUCGUCGCAAGGCAGAGCAGGCAAAACUUGCAAGAGGGGAGUCAGUCCCAGUUGCAGCUCCAGCCCCAACCCAGCCCCCCGCUCCAGCAUCUGCUCGUCCUGCCGUUACUCACAAUGAAGCUCGACUGAGAUUGCAAACUUCCAAUGGCAACGUCAUGAAAACACUCCCAGCGGACACAACUCUUUUCGAAGUCAAGCAAAUGCUAGAGUCGGAGAAUGGACUUACCGUUACCAAGUUCGUUCAGAACUUCCCCAGAAAGGUCUUCGAAGGAAACCUUGAUCUUGGUAAAACUUUGAAGGAGGCUGGUCUAGUUCCUAGUGCUGCUUUGAUCGUACAAUAA